AGUUUAUUUGUUCUCCAGCUGGGGAAAGGCUUAGGGCUGUGGACUACCCCUCCCGUGAGGUAGUGCGCAACUCCACCCUGUUCGCGGCGUCUUCGAACGCGCCGCGGCAGCCAUGUUGGACGUGGCCAGCACAGGGGCCGGCACCACGGGGUUAUCGAAGCAGCUGUCAAGAUGCUGGGGUCUCUGGUGUUGAGGAGAAAAGCACCGGCGCCACGGCUACUCCUCCGGCUGCUCAGGUGCCCAACGCUCCGGGGCCAUGGAGGUGCUUCUGGCCGGAAUGUGACCACUGGGAGUCUCGGGGAGCCGCAGUGGCUGAGGGUAGCCGCCGGGGGGCGCCCUGGAACAUCCGCCUUGUUCUCCGGACGCGGGGCAGCCACCGGGGGGCGCCAGGGAGGACGCUUCGAUACCAAAUGCCUCGCGGCUGCCACUUGGAGACGCCUUCCUGGCCCCGAAGAAACACUCCCAGGACAGGACAGCUGGAACGGGGUCCCCAGCAGGGCCGGACUGGGCAUGUGGGCCCUGGCCGCAGCGCUGGUGGUUCAUUGCUACAGCAAGAGUCCGUCCAACAAGGAUGCAGCCCUGUUGGAAGCUGCCCGUGCCAACAAUAUGCAAGAAGUCAGCAGGCUGUUGUCAGAAGGUGCAGAUGUCAAUGCAAAGCACAGACUUGGCUGGACAGCACUCAUGGUGGCAGCCAUCAACCGAAACAACAGUGUGGUACAGGUCCUGCUUGCUGCCGGGGCUGAUCCAAACCUUGGAGAUGAUUUUAGCAGUGUUUACAAGACUGCCAAGGAACAGGGAAUCCAUUCUUUGGAAGUCCUGAUCACCCGAGAGGAUGACUUCAACAACCGGCUGAACAACCGCGCCAGUUUCAAGGGCUGCACGGCCUUGCACUAUGCUGUCCUUGCUGAUGACUACCGCACUGUCAAGGAGCUGCUUGAUGGAGGAGCCAACCCCCUGCAGAGGAAUGAAAUGGGACACACACCCUUGGAUUAUGCCCGAGAAGGGGAAGUGAUGAAGCUUCUGAGGACUUCUGAAGCCAAGUACCAAGAGAAGCAGCGGAAGCGUGAGGCCGAGGAGCGGCGCCGCUUCCCCCUGGAGCAGCGACUGAAGGAGCAUAUCAUUGGCCAGGAGAGCGCCAUCGCCACAGUGGGUGCUGCGAUCCGGAGGAAGGAGAAUGGCUGGUACGAUGAAGAACACCCUCUGGUCUUCCUCUUCUUGGGAUCAUCUGGAAUAGGAAAAACAGAGCUGGCCAAACAGACAGCCAAAUAUAUGCACAAAGAUGCUAAAAAGGGCUUCAUCAGGCUGGACAUGUCCGAGUUCCAGGAGCGACACGAGGUGGCCAAGUUUAUCGGGUCCCCACCAGGCUACGUUGGCCAUGAGGAGGGUGGCCAGCUGACCAAGAAGUUGAAGCAGUGCCCCAAUGCUGUGGUGCUCUUUGAUGAAGUAGACAAGGCCCAUCCAGAUGUGCUCACCAUCAUGCUGCAGCUGUUUGAUGAGGGCCGGCUGACAGAUGGAAAAGGGAAGACCAUUGAUUGCAAGGACGCCAUCUUCAUCAUGACCUCCAACGUGGCCAGCGACGAGAUCGCACAGCAUGCGCUGCAGCUGAGGCAGGAAGCUCUGGAGAUGAGCCGUAACCGUAUUGCCGAAAACCUGGGGGACGUCCAGAUAAGUGACAAGAUCACCAUCUCAAAGAACUUCAAGGAGAAUGUGAUUCGCCCUAUCCUGAAAGCUCACUUCCGGAGGGAUGAGUUUCUGGGACGGAUCAAUGAGAUCGUCUACUUCCUCCCCUUCUGCCACUCGGAGCUCAUCCAACUCGUCAACAAGGAACUAAACUUCUGGGCCAAGAGAGCCAAGCAAAGGCACAACAUCACGCUGCUCUGGGACCGCGAGGUGGCAGAUGUGCUGGUCGACGGCUACAAUGUGCACUAUGGCGCCCGCUCCAUCAAACAUGAGGUAGAGCGCCGUGUCGUGAACCAGCUGGCAGCAGCCUACGAGCAGGACCUGCUGCCAGGGGGCUGUACUCUGCGCAUCACGGUGGAGGACUCAGACAAGCAGCUACUAAAGAGCCCAGAACUGCCCUCACCCCAGGCUGAGAAGCGCCUCCCCAAGCUGCGUCUGGAGAUCAUCGACAAGGACAGCAAGACUCGCAAACUGGACAUCCGGGCACCCCUGCACCCUGAGAAGGUGUGCAACACCAUCUAGCAGCCACCUGCCUGCUCCUGUGUGCCCUCACCAUCCAAUAAAGGCCCCUUGGCAGUGGCAUGGCGACUGA